AUGGACAGGGCGAGUUCAUUGGACACAUCGAUAGAACCUAGCAAUCAGCAACGCGACAGUCGACGUUUCUCUCUAUCCGGCGCGGGAAACAUUUCUCUCGACGAUGUACAGGCCGUUCGGGUUCAGCUCCGCGACCUCGCCGUGUCGGUUGAUACGGCACCAUCAUGGGUCGAGCCAGCGACGUACCCGCAGCUGUUUGCGAACAAGUUCAACACCAGCCCCAAGAUGAAGUCGCUGCUUCACUCUGUGAAUGCAGAUAUCCAGCCAGGGACAUUGACUGCCAUCAUCGGAGGGAGUGGCUCAGGAAAGACGACUCUUCUCAACACUGUCGCCGAACGAGUCAUGAGUCCCAGGCUCAGCCAGGACGGAGUCGCUACUUUCAACGAUCAGGUUGGGGUACAUAGCGUGCGCCAUGCCUAUGUUAUGCAGCAGGAUAUUCUGUUGCCGACCCUCACCGUUAGGGAGACGUUGAAGUAUUCAGCCGAUUUGAGACUUCCCCCGUCGACCACUGCCGAACAGCGGACCAGAGUUGUGGAGGAAGUUAUUCUUGAGCUUGGUCUGAAGGAGUGUGCCAAUACUCGUAUCGGAAACUCCCAGCAUCAUGGAUGUUCUGGCGGUGAAAAGCGACGCACUAGCAUCGGUGUUCAACUUCUAGCCAACCCGUCCGUCCUCUUCCUCGACGAGCCGACCACUGGCCUCGACGCUACAAGCGCCUAUCAACUCGUCCGAACGUUGAAGAAGCUUGCUCAAAAGGGCCGAACCAUCAUCACGACCAUUCACCAACCUCGAUCCGAGAUCUGGGACCUCUUUGACGACUUGAUCGUCUUGACUAAGGGCAGCCCUGUGUACUCGGGACCCGUCAAGGACUCUGUUCCUUGGUUUGGAGAUCUAGGCUAUCAGCUUCCGCCAUUCGUGAACCCGGCCGAGUUCAUUAUCGACAUUGCCGCUGUCGAUAACCGCACUCCCGAGUUGGAACAAGAGACGACUGCUAGAGUUGAGCAGUUAAAGACAGCAUGGAACCAAGAAAGUGCAAAGCAAUUCACACCGCUUGACACGUCCAUCGAUGUUCGACACCGAAAACGAAACAAGCGAGCAGAGAAACAUGCUGGUUUCGCGAGACAGUUGACUGUUCUUACCGAUCGUACCCUCAAGGUUACAUAUCGCGACCCCUUGGGAAUGAUGGCUUCCAUCAUGGAGUCCAUCUUCAUGGGUCUCGUCACAGGCUAUCUCUUUUAUGACCUCGGUCGCGAUCAACCCGGUAUUCGAUCUCGACAAGGUGGACUGUACACUGCUGCCGGUCUUCAAGGCUAUCUGAUCCUCAUCUUUGAGGUGUACCGCAUGACGAUCGACAUUCCGACCUUUGACCGUGAAUCAUCAGAAGACUGUGUCGACGCCCUGCCCUACAUUCUCUCUCGCAGAUUGGCCCGAAUGCCGACAGAGGAUGUCCCCGUGCCGUUCUUCUUCUCCGUGAUUCUGUACUUUAUGGCAGGUUUCGACCGCGAUGUGGAAAAGUUCUUUAUCUUCUUCACCAUUAGUCUCUUGACGCAGUACAUCGCUGUGACAUGUGCCAUGACCUGUGUGGCAGCAGUUAGACACUUUCCUGGAGCGAGUUUGAUCGCGAAUAUGGUGUUUACUCUGCAGAGUAUGGCUUGUGGCAUGUUUAUUCAAGCCAACAGCAUUCCGGUUUAUGUGCGAUGGUUGAAGUGGAUUACUUACACGUUCUACGCCUUCGGAGCGUACGCUGGAAAUGAGUUUGAAGGCAAUUUCUACGACUGUCCCUAUUCUGGUGGAGAAUCCGACCCGAGGUGCAAGCAGUACACCGGCAAAUACGUGAUGGAGUCACUUGGCUUUCCCAGCAACUGGGUUGCUCGCCCCAUCAUCGUCAUGGUGGCCUUCGUCGUCUUCUUUCUAAUACUCUCAACAAUCGGGCUGCACUUUUUCAAGGUCGAAAUGACGAUCGCUCGUCCUCGUGUCUCAGAUACCGAUUUGUCUGCCGGAAAGGAAAAGAUGACUGCGAUGUCUAUCGCCGAUGUUCGCGCUAUUGACCUAGGACUUGAUAAGUUUGCCUUGAAGAUUGACAAGAGGAGCCCGCUUGGAAAGAAGCUGCCCACCAAGACAAUCCUCAACCCUGUCAAUGCGACAUUUGAUGCUGGGGUUUUGAACGUUAUCAUGGGUCCGUCGGGAAGUGGCAAGACAUCACUCCUCAACGCCAUGGCGCUGCGACUACGAAACUCGAUGGGCACCAAGUAUCGUCCAGCUGGAAAACUCACAUUCAACGGCGCUGUUCCCUCAGAUUCGGUCAUCCGGUCCGUUUGUUCCUACGUCUGCCAAGAUGACGAUGCUCUUCUGCCGUCACUUACAGUCCGCGAAACACUUCGGUUUGCGGCCGGACUGCGUCUUCCGUCUUUUAUGAGCAAGGAAGAGAAGAAUCGUCGAGCCGAAGAAGUACUGCUCAAGAUGGGAUUGAAAGACUGUGCUGAUAACUUGAUUGGUGGCGAGUUGGUCAAGGGUAUCUCUGGAGGAGAGAAGCGCCGUGUCUCCAUCGCUGUCCAGGUGUUGACUGACCCUCGCAUUUUGCUGCUCGACGAACCGACAUCAGGUCUUGAUGCAUUUACGGCAAAUUCCAUCAUGGAAGUGCUUCAAGGACUCGCCAACGAAGGACGAACUCUAAUUCUCACGAUCCACCAAGCUCGGUCCGACCUGUUCAGGGAGUUUGGCAACGUGCUUCUUCUAGCACGAGGUGGCUCGCAGGUUUACUCUGGCCCUGGAAAGGACAUGCUUGGAUAUCUGGCACGCCAUGGCUAUGACUGUCCUCAGCAUACAAAUCCGGCAGACUUUGCGUUGGAUAUGAUUACUGUUGACCUGCAGCAGGAAGAGAGGGAGGCUGAGUCUCGUGAGCGAGUGCAAAGGUUGAUCCAAAAUUGGAAAGAAGAUGGUCAACAAACUCCACGACGAUCCUUCAACAAAGCCAACCUCUCAACUCCUGCCGAACUUGGAGCCCUCAUCCGCAAACGAGCCUCAAUCACAACUUCACUCCCCCUUCUUCUCCACCGCGCCAUAAUCAACACCCGUCGCCAACCAGAACUCAUCAUGGCCCGCCUCAUGCAAGUCAUUGGCCUAGCCAUCGUUCUCGCCCUCUUCUUCGCCCCCCUCCACAACGACUACUACUCAGUCCAGAACAGAAUGGGUUUCGUACAGGAGAUUGGUGCUUUUUACUUUGUCGGCAUGCUGCAGAAUGUAGCUGUGUAUCCCAACGAACGAGACGUGUUUUACAGGGAGGAUGACGACGGGGUUUACAGUGUCGAGGCGUUUCUAGCGUCCUACACCAUUCUCGAGGUACCCUUUGAGAUUGUCAGUUGUCUGGUCUUUGGUGUCCUCGGUGCUAUUGCGGUUGGUCUACCUCGGACGGUGACAAUGUACUUUGUCUGCGUCUUUUCGUGCUUUGGUAUCGUCUCUUGCGGUGAGAGCUUGGGUAUCAUGUUCAACACUCUCUUUGGACAUACUGGCUUCGCCGUCAACGUCAUGGGUAUCUUUCUCUCCGUCGCAAACAGUAUGGCCGGCGUCCUCUCCAUCGACAUGCCCGAGCUAUUCAAGGGGUUCAACUACCUCUCACCCAUCCGCUACGCCACACGUGCCGUCGCGCCGUAUUCUCUCCGUGGGGUCGAGUUUACAUGCAAUGAUGCGCAGCGACUGCCUGAUGGAAGGUGUCCGAUCGAGACUGGGCAGGAUGUACUAGAGCUGUACAAGUUUGAUGUCGAUCCGGUUGUGAAUGUGGGCAUCUUGGCGGUUUGUGUGGUGGUUUAUCGGGUUUUGGCUUGGGGGUUGUUGAAGGCUAUGAGGAAGCACUGGAAGGGGAGGAAGGGGGAGAAGCAGUAG